CACGCACGCAGACGCCUGGGUUUCUGCCUCGCGCCGCCCUGGGCGUGCUGUGAUAAAGCUUGGGAGUUCUGUUGCUAAGCAACCGGAUCCGGACCGUGGCGCGAGGAGCAGAACUAAAAGAUAUUACAAAAUAUGCUGUCAAUUGUCCCUGUCAAUGGAACAUCAUUAUUCUGUUUUGAAGAAAAGUAGUUCGUCGGUGACUUCAGUUCACAAUUCUAAAAACAAUUACAAGGGCAGUUCCUCCAAACGAGAUACUUUAGCUAUUACUGCAGGUGCUUUACAAGAUCAUAUUUUACAUAACCUUCAGCUGCAGGAUCUUUCAUUAGCAGAUCCUUUUAAGUCAAAGUUAAGGAAUAAAAAGAACAUUUACAAACCUGUGAACAAAGAGAUGGUCAGAGCAGUAGUAGAUACUGGACUAAGAAAAAAGAGCAUUCUCCUCACAAAAAAGGAAGAUCCAGAAAAAGAAUAUGUCCUUGAUCCUAACCCUCCACAACUAACAUUAGCUCAGAAAUUGGGCUUAGUUGAUCCUCCUUCCUUGCCACUAACAGCAGAAGAGUGGGAUAAAGUAAAGCAAAGAUCCAUAAAACAGGGAGAUUCUGUGCAACCUUGUGCAAUAUGUAGGGAAGAAUUUGCACUUCAACCACAGGUGCUGCUUUCAUGUUCCCAUGUAUUUCACAGAGCCUGCCUGAAAGCUUUUGAAAAGUUUGCAGGUAAAAAGACGUGUCCUUUGUGUAGAAAGAAGCAAUAUGAGACCAGAGUAAUACAUGAUGGGGCGCGUCUGUUUAAAAUAAAGUGUAUUACGAGAAUCCAAGCUUGCUGGAGAGGGUAUAUUGUUAGAAAAUGGUAUAAAAACUUGAGAAAAACAGUACCUCCUCAAGAUAGCAAAUUAAGAAAAAAAUUCUUUGAAGCAAAGUUUCAGGAGAUCAGCAAUCGGUUAUUGAGUUCUUAUGACACAAACAUAGAUGAGUUUUUUUCUGAAAUUGAUUCUUCUAUAGCUGCAAGUCGAAAUGUGCUUCAACAGUUGGAGGAAACAUUUGCCCCGUUAAUAAGCGAAACUGAAUGGGAGAAAAUACAGAUGCAGGCAUUUCGGCAAGAGAUAUUUGACUGCCCUAUUUGCAUUAUGCCACUGUGUCAUAUCACUCAUCCUCCAAGUGUCUUCUCUGAUAACAGCAAUAAUCGGUAUUCGCGCCAGACUGUUCUGCUCUCUUGUUCACAUAUGUUUCAUCAGACUUGUCUUCAAGCAUUUGAAGAGUUUUCCUUGGGAGAAAAACUUGUUUGUCCCUUAUGUCGCUCUUGUUAUCAAAAGAAAAUUCUUGAAUGUUGAUAUAAACAUGUAAACAGUCCAGAAUGAGCUGCAUAAUAGAAUUUUUAAUUGGUUUAAUGAUAGCCUCACAGGAGAUUAGAUCCUUGUCAGGUCCAGUGUGAGAAAAAACACUUCUCUAUGGAUGUUGAUGCUCACUAAUAAAAAUAAAAGUUAAAUGGGCAUUGUGCUAUCAUUUCUCUGACUUGUUUCUUUUCCUUGCUCUCCACAGACUUAUCUAUCUUCUUCUCCCUUUUGGUUUCCCUUCUUUUCUGUUUUCCCUUCCUGGACUUCUCCUUUCUUUAACCUCCUCCCUCUCAGAGACACACUACCCUCUCCAUCUCCUUCACAUCCCAGAAUCCCUUUCCUUGGAACUCUUCCCUUUGACUCCUUUCUUCAUUUCAGGUGAUUCCAUCUACAUACUUCCCACUGGAGUUACUCAUGUUGAACAACAGGAAAAAAAGACAGAUUCCCUUGAUAGCAGAGCCCAGGCACUUGGAAAUACCACUGAUGAGUGUGGAAGGAAAUGCAUUACUUCUUCAGCUCCUUUUAGUAGCGGAAUGCAGCUGGGCUGGCUCCUCUCCUUGUUAUGUGGUUUCCAGCCAUUAAAGGUCUACAAUAGGCAAA